AUGCGGUGCUACGUUUUAGUAAUAAUUACCGUGUCUUCUAUUGCUUUCUUAUCCUUACAAGCAGAAGAAAAAGAAUGUAGAGAUGCCUUCAGCUUUAAUGUAAGUUUAUUGCAAACAAAUCAUUUUUUUUGUUUUGAUUGGAAUUUAUUGUUAGCUAGUGUUUUGAAAUGAUCUACACCAAUUUAUAUUUUUCUAGAGCUAAAAAUGUUUUUGUUUCCUAAAUUUGUCUUAAAAAUGUUAACCAACUGCAGCUGCAGUUACAGUUAACUGUUUCAGUACAUUUCAAAUUCCUGUAGCUUUCUCCACGAAGAAACGUUUUACCAUUCAAUGGAAAGUCGAGAGAUGAACAUACUUCAUGCGAGUAAGUGCUAAUUUUAUACAAAUACUUUUACACAAAGUUUUUAUACACCUACUACAACAUGGAAGUUUAUCUUAACGUGAACUUUGAAGUACAAUAAACGUGUUUUUACUAAUGUCAAGUUAAAAGAAGGGUAAUAUCAGGUUUAUUUUUGUAAAAUUAACUUUUGUAUGUCGUUUGAAUGGAUAUUUUAUUAAAAUGGGUAAUAUUGAUAAAUUUUUUAAGUAAAAUACGUCUUACAAAUUUCUUAUUAAUAUAAUAAAUAACUCUUAUCAAUAUUAUUUCAAGAAAAUAGGUAACAUUCAUCAAUGUUCUUUCAGGAAAUCCUUCCGAAACAGACGAAACUCUGGCACCCGCCUUUUUAGGUAACAAUUUUACGUGUUUGGCCGAGAAUAAGGUCCAUGAAAAUGCAGAAAGUUAUCACAACUUGUUGUACUGCCAGAAUAUACCAGCCAACUUCUCCUUGCAGCCAGCAGAACAGUUUUGUUUCAAAGUGGCAUUCACUUUUGAAUCAAAAUAUUAUGACAUUGGACAUAAUGUUCGGUGAGUAUAAUAUUGUUUUUGAUUUUAUUCUUUGCUUUUCUUCAAGUUUUAUUUAGUGUAGUUUUUUCCGUUCAAAUACAUUGUUUUUUACCCUAUUUUCAAUAUAUUAUCCAUGUUUUUGUUGAGUAAAUCUGUUUCUGACAUGCUCUUGUUGGUUUACCUUGUUGUAGACCUUAUUAUCAUAAGUAUCGUUUAAAAAAUUAAUUUUUUGUGUUAUUUAAAAAAAUCUUCAAAGAAUUUAUUUCCAGUGCUAUUGGCUUUGACCUACCAGAAUUGUCUUCAGAAUCCUUCUACGAUUCACGAGUUGACACACGAUUUGCCGAAGAAUUCAGUUCUCUUCACGUGAGUUCGUUACUUUAACUUAUUUUAAGGUUUUAGAUGAAAGAAGAAAUCAUUAUAAUCAACAAAAACGUUCUUUAAUUAAUUUUGUUUAUAGCGAGACUUAGCUUAUUUAUUUUAGGAGAAUAUUAUACUCAAUAUUCUUUGUUGUUAUAUGAAGGUUGUUUUUAGGGAUGCGCAGUUCACUUUGAUGUACGGCCAAUGUAAGUUUUUACUUUUUUUUAUCAAUUUUUUAAGGCUUAUGGAUUAUAUGUAAAAGUAAAGCUUCUGUGUUCGUAACUAGACAUGUAAAUAGCUAUAAACCUAAACCUUUACUUCCUUAUGUUGACUUAUUUUCAGGAAUAACACCGGGUCAUACCUGGACAUAUUUUCUGGUUCUACAAGUUAUGUCAAGGACCAUUUUAUGGAAAAAGGAUUGUACAAAAUUGAUCAUACUGUCAAAAGUCAUGUCAGUUUAUUUUUUUUUUUAUCUUGAGGCGGUCUUUUUAAAAUUAUUAUAGUACUUGAAGAUCUUUUUGUUGAUUAAAAAAUAAAAAAUAACUGUAGUAAUACCAUAAGAUUCAAGUUAAAAACUUUUUAGAUAACAAGGGACACCAGCCCAGCAGCAAUCGAUCAUUUUUUCUCGCUUUUCCGUCGAUUGGACACAAGAAAGCGAAAGUCGCUAAACCCAUUCAUACCAGAUCACCGUCUUCUGACCGACCACCUACACUGUCACUACUCAGAUGCCGUCAGAAGUGGAGGAUUCAAGGAACUUUGUAGAGUAACUCAACUUAUCGUCAAUAUGGACGCAACGACCGCUUUGAAUCGACUGGAAAGAAAGUUUUUUCCACUCAAACUUUUAAUUUUGGACCGACCGGAUGUGAAGGUGGAGAUUGGAGUUGAAGUGACGGACAGAGUGAAAGCACGUCGUAUCUUGAUUAUUUACUGUGAUCCGAAACAAUUGAGAUAUUGUGAUAGAGAGUUUGCUCAUGACAUGAGGUUUAUUGGCGAAAUGGCGGUAGGUUAUGGUAUGAUUGGGCAGGGGUAGAGUUUAAUUUAGAGUAGAGGCUGCUUUAGGACGGAGAAGGGUAGGGUAGGGCAGAGUAGGGUGGGGCAAAGUAGAGUGGAGUAAAGUAAAGUAAAAUAGCGUUAACUAAUGUAGCAUUCUUAUGGUAUUUACAUUAAUAUUUAUAUUAUAGUAGAUACUUUACUUUCAGGAAAAAGCCACCGUUGGCUGCUACAGUUUUAGCGCCGAAGCGGAGCCAUUCUACGGUAAGGACAGGUUCAGAAUGGCCGGUCUAAACCAGAAAUGGACAUCUCCAGUGAGAGGUUUCGUGAAGGACGACUCAGCCUUCUGCACUUCGUUUGUCUCCAGUUAUCGACAUUAUCAUUUGAAAAAGUUCAAGAUUCCAUUGAAGAGAAUGUACUAUGGUCUGAGUAACAACGCGAACUAUACCAUUGGACGCGAGGAGUUUAUACGUUCUGUUUUGUAGGUUUUGAUAAGGUUUUUGAGUAUGAAUAGGUCGUUUUUAAAGAUUCUCAUUGUUUGGAAGGUGAACAUAGACUGUAAAGAAAGUUCUUGCUGUUUUUGAGGUUUGGAAGGAAAGUUUUUGUUUUUAUUUACCUUGUAAAGAAAGUUACUGCUAUUUUUAGUUUGAAAAAAGUAAUAUUAAACUUUGAUGCAAAUUUUAAUUAAAAAUUUUAGUCGAAACAUAUUGACGCGCCUAAACGAUGAUAUGGCAACUUUUAUAUACGAAACUAGCAUGUCAAGGUCUCCAAAAGGUUGUACGAAGUUUACUGCGUAAGUUCAUUUUUAAAAUUUUUGAAUUUUUCAAAUUAAAAAAAGUCCUUUUUGAAAAUAUGAAAAUUUAGAAAAUACUGUCAUUUUAGACCGAUGGGUAUAAGUUUUUUCAAAAGACGACGAAAAAUAGUGUUUUGUGUUUGUCUGAAUACUGAUGGAGUACCGUGCAAUUCGGAAGAGACUUUGUUUCCAUACGUUCACACAAUGACUAAACAUCCAUACGAAGUUUUGAGGAAUGAUAGAAAGGUUAGGUAUUCAAUAGCUGGUGUAAUAUAAAGUAAAGUACAUAUCUUUUUUUAUAUUAUGUUUAACAAGUUUUGUUAAAGAGUUUUAAAUAUGUUCUGUGUUGUUGGCCGGGGGGAUUCACAAGUUUUUUGUUAAAGAAGAGUUUGUUAUACAGGAGUCUAGUGUAUGUAAUGCGGCAUUGUUUAGGAGAUUGAAAAAUGCAUAGGAGAAGACCAAAGAAGAGGAGGUUUGAUCGUGAAGCCGAAUGAUCCGGAGCUACAAUUCGACUACUCGAUUGACAGUGUUUGUGUUCUUCAAAGAAGCAACAAAUACAUUGAUGUUGUGAAUGAUAGAUUCGGCAGGUUUUUUGGAGCUUUUUAUAUAAAUUAUGACGUUAUAUGUCUCUAUUAGGCUGUCAAAGAGUCUUAUUGUUUUUUGAAUUCUAAAGCAGUGUAAUAUCGACGCCAAUGCGUUGCUACAGAAAUUUUUUUGGAAUUUGCAAUCACUUUCUUUACAAAAAUUUUAUGUUAAUAAAUUUUCAGAAGUCUAUCGCUACGACGAACGUGAUCUGAGGAGAAAACCGGCCGAAAACAAGAAAGACGCGCCCUAUGUGGACCAAAACUCUUGGGCCUUCAAGUUUAAGCACGAGCGAAUAGCGGACGAAGGGACACGAGCAUUGUUCAGUGCGGUCUGCCAACACCAAGACGACAUAAUCAAAAAAGGAUGCAAAUGUAUGUAUAUCGCCGCCAAAAACGACAUUUUAUGUUGUUGUGGCCAUAAAGACAUGAAAGCGACCAUCGAAUACAUUGACGACAAACCACCGAUUCAUCUGUCGAAUUACUAUCAGAAUAUGGUGCCAGUACUGUAUUGA